AUGGCUUCCUUCUUCCGCCCUCAGCACUACUACAACGUCCCCGAGCCCAACUUCCAGGGUCUCUUCCGCCUCAUUGAUGACUUUGACCGCUACAGCGGCCAGUCUAGCAAUGGUCGGGGACGCAACGGUCUCGGCAGCUUCUUCACUCCCAAGUUCGACAUGACCGAGACUGAGACGGCCUACGAGCUGCACGGCGAGCUGCCCGGCAUCAACAAGGAGGACAUCCACAUGGAAUUCACCGACCCCCAGACUCUCCAGAUCAGGGGCAAGAUUGAGCGCACCCGCACCGAGGGCAACCCACCCGCUGGCCUCCUCGAGGGUGGUGACAACAACAAGUCGGACAAGGCCAUCACCGAGCACGCUGAUGACCACUCCUCGCACCACGUCACUGUAGAGGACGCCCCCGAGGAGGACGGCGCUGCCACCGAGUCCAACAGCAGCACUCCCCAGGACACUCCCGCUACGACCGUGGCCGAGACGGCCAAGCCUUCAGCUCCAGCCAAGCAGCAAGAAUCUUCCCCCAAGCACAAGUACUACCUGGUCGAGCGCAACGUGGGCUCCUUUUCGCGCUCCUUCAACUUCCCCAGCCGCAUCGACAAUGAGUCGGUCAAGGCUUCACUCGACAAUGGCAUCCUGACCGUCACGGUCCAAAAGGCCAAGAAGCACGAGUCUCGCCGCAUUGCCAUCAACUAA